GAGUUAUAUAAAAACCCUUUAAUUUUAAAAUUUUAGAUGAACACCUGAGCUUAGAAAUGCCUUUAGCUCAAAUUAAACACUUAUGGCAAAAUAUAUAUUCAAAUCGUGAGAAUGAGAUGCACAUUGAAGAUAGUCAUUCAGAUCCUAAUUCAGAUAUCCAGGAUGACGAAACGAUGCCUCAAGAACGCAUAGUUGAUUUAGCGGAUUUAGCGAAAACGGGUUACUCCAAAGCAGACCCUUCUCAAUUUGAAUUGCUCAAAGUUUUGGGACAAGGAUCUUUUGGAAAGGUAUUCCUGGUACGUAAGGUGGUCGGUUCUGACGCGAAAACCCUUUAUGCCAUGAAAGUCCUCAAGAAAGCUUCCUUGAAACUGAGAGAUAGGAUUAGGACGAAAAUGGAAAGGGAUAUUUUGGCCGACGUGCAGCAUCCAUUUAUAGUGCGAUUACGUUACGCAUUUCAAACGCAGGGGAAACUCUAUCUUAUUUUAGAUUUUCUUCGGGGCGGAGACCUAUUCACCCGAUUGUCUAAAGAGGUUAUGUUUACGGAAGAAGAUGUAAAAUUUUAUCUCGCCGAGCUUGCACUAGCUUUGGGUCAUUUGCAUAAAUUAGGCAUUAUUUACCGUGAUUUAAAACCUGAAAAUAUCCUAUUAGACACUCAUGGUCACAUCAAACUUACCGACUUUGGACUCAGCAAAGAAGCCCUAAACCCGACUAAUUCUUCCUCGUCUAUCUCCUCACAUUCCUUCUUAGCAUCAAAUACAGAUAAUAUUAAUAAUAACCUAAAUACCAGCGACUUAAAUAAUAACAAUAAUGUUCAAGAUAAAAAUGGUACCAUCACAUCUAGCUCAAUCAUUUAUCAAAACUUUAAUCAAAAUAAUAACCAUUUAUCAGAAAAUAAUAAAAAUCCGAAUCAAAACCAUAAUCAACCGAUAACACUCACAAACGGAAAUACAAACAACGAUACAUCUAAGGCUUAUUCAUUUUGCGGGACGGUCGAGUAUAUGGCUCCCGAAGUUAUCAAUAGGAGGGGUCACACGACCGCGGCUGAUUGGUGGUCAUUCGGCGUUCUCAUGUUCGAGAUGCUUACUGGUUCAUUACCCUUCCAAGGUGCUGAUAGAAAUGAAACCAUGAUGCAAAUCUUAAAGGCAAAAUUAGGGAUGCCACAACUUUUGAGCCCAAAUGCUCAAAGUUUGCUACGGUCCCUGCUUAAAAGAAAUCCGGUUAAUAGAUUAGGUUUUGGUCUGACCGGAGCUCAGGCCAUCAAAGAUCAUCCCUUUUUUGGUCAUAUAAAUUGGGAUGACCUUUACAAUUACCGAAUAGACCCCCCUUUCAAGCCCGCGGUGACAAAAGCCGAUGAUGCCUAUUAUUUCGAUUCCGAGUUUACCAACAAAACUCCUCGAGAUUCACCAGGUAUACCCGCCAGUGCCAGGGCCCAAGACCUAUUUAGAGGUUUUAGUUACGUAGCUCCUCAUAUUUUAAGCGAGGAACCUAUCUCAACUGAACAUUCUAAUCAUAAAAAUGUUAUGAAUAAUUUCCCAAAUGGAGACGUCGUUAGCAAUCAUCAAAUCAGCGAAAUUGGCAAACCUACUUCCAUAUUAGACGAAUACGAUUUCAAAGAAAUUUUAGGUACCGGUGCUUUUUCCGUUUGCAAAAAAUGUGUCCAUAAAUCCACAAUGCAAGAGUACACAGUUAAAAUUGUAGACAAAAUCCAAAAAGAUCCCAAGGAAGAAAUUGAUAUAUUAUUACGUUACGGCAAUCAUCCCAACAUAAUAUCCCUGAGAGAUGUUUACAUCACGGAAAAAGAGACGUUUCUCGUAUUAGAGUACAUGAGCGGAGGAGAGUUAUUCGACAAAAUAAUCAAGCAAAAAUAUUUCUCCGAAAUGGAAGCCAGUUCGAUUCUUUAUCAUCUCAUGUCUGCACUAGAUUAUCUUCACUCUUACGGGGUAGUCCAUAGGGACCUUAAGCCUUCCAAUAUACUUUAUUCCGAACGUUCACUCCAACCUCACACUCUAAAGAUUUGUGAUUUUGGUUUUGCUAAACAGAUGAGAGCCCCCAGCGGCCUCUUAAUGACACCAUGUUAUACGGCACACUUUGUUGCUCCAGAGGUCUUAAAAAGGCAAGGAUAUGAUGCCAGUUGCGAUAUUUGGAGCCUUGGUAUCCUUCUCUACACCAUAUUAGCUGGAUAUACUCCUUUUAUAUCGGCUAAAAAUGAUUCUCCUUCUAAGAUACUGGAAAGAAUCGGCGAGGGCAAAAUAUGCAUUUCUGGAGGAAACUGGGAAUUCGUAUCACCUUUUGUUAAAGAUCUCAUACUUGGCAUGUUACACAUAAACCCACAACAAAGGUAUACGGCGCCUAAGAUUCUCAAACACCCAUGGAUUAUGUAUAGGCAUACUUUGCCUCAAAUCAGACUCGCUAUUAAUGAUCCUUUAUCUCUAAAGGAAACGGUCAAUGCCACCCAUAAUGCAAUAAAUUGUAAUAUCAAAAGCAUCUCGAUAGGCCCCAUUGAAAAUUCUGUUUUAGCUCAACGUCGCAGGCAUAAGGCUAAAAAAUUGAUAAAUGCAUUUAUAGCUAAAAAAUUAUAAAAUAUACAUUUCGUUGCUUAAAAAGGGGAACUUUUAAUAAAAUUAUAUCUAUUUAUUAAAAGAGUAAUACCAAUAUGAAAAUGUUAAAUUGACUUAAAUAACCUGAAGUUUGGAAAAAUUACAAUUUCAUUUAAACAAUUUUACAGAUAUUUUUUUCAAAAUAUAAAAAAAUAAAUACCCAUCGAAUAAUUUAGAUUAGGCCUUUUCAAAAACAUCGAAUCAAAUAAUGAAAUAUUCAUAUUCUAUUCUUUUAUAUUAUUCAUGAUUAUUACCAAUUAAUUAAGAAGUGCAAAUUUUAUUAUUCGUACAAAUACCAAUAGUAAAGUAUUCUAUUUGUUUUAAGGAAUCGAAUACGAAAAAAUCAUUAUUCGAUUAAUAUUCGAUUUUAAAUUAGAUACAUGAAAAAUAUUAUUAAUAUUUUAUAAAUUGAAUUUAUAUCUUACUCCUGUUUAUAAAAGUCAUCUUUUUUAAUCACCGAAUGAAGGCAGUAAUUUAAUAUAAAUUUAAAUUGUCUCACAUUUAUGAUUAUUAGAUUUAGUAUGUAAUAGAGGAUCAUAUACUAACUGCUAAAAAAAUAUUAAUACAAUUAAAAUUGAUCCUUCUUAAUUGUCAACCCGGUUUAUACAAGUUAACAU